AAGUCGCUGUAAUGUGCUUACUUCAAUACAUGCUUAUUCACAUUAUGUGCCGAUUAGACUAUUGUGCGAAUAAGUCUCUUGUCUGCGGAGGCUUUUAGAUUCACUUAACAAUAAUCAAAUAUUUCUUUUUUGUUCUGAUGGAAUUUUUAAAAACUUUAUACUGUUUGUGUGGCAACACUAUUUUCAAACCCAACCGCCAAUCUAACCGCGGUCUGUCAUUUCGUUUCUAAAGUACUUGGCUGGAUUAUCCACACUCGUGCUUUUUAACGAUUUUAUUACUCAAAACUGCGAUUUCGACACACUACGUUUUUUAUAUUCACCUAAAUACUAUAAACUUUGGAUUUUUUUAGUAAUGGCUGAGCAGCAAGCUGUCCCCGAUCCCCGUCACCCCGAGGCUCCCAGGCCACCUGGACUUCCUCUUGUAGUGGACGAUUUCAAUGAAAUCGUUCCCUACAAAGGGAACUCGAGGUGGUUUUCUCGGGAUAAUCACUUUUAUGUGGUCAGUCGCUCGAGGGGGGCCUCGACAACCAUGAGGUGCGCCAGCGACCGGUGUCCAGCGCACUGGAUACUGCGGAAUGGGAUAGCUGGACCGACGAUUGGGCAGCAUAAUCAUUCCCCUACUCCCUGGGUGCUUAAUCGCAAUACAAUGUUCCAGGAACUAAAGAGGAGGGCUUCAGAGGAGAGUAUUCCUCUGAAUGCCAUAUAUGAGGAAGAAGCUGCCAGAUAUCCGGACGCUGCAUCUCACCUGCUCUACGAGAGUGUGCUGCCGUCGAUGCGGAAGUGGAGGAGAAACUCACAGCCGGCUCAGCCACGCACCUUGGAGGAAUAUGCGGUGGCCUUAUCAGGCCACCGUUUGUUAAGUCCUGCUCUUUUCGCCACUGUGUCGGUGGCGGAAGGAAAAGCUGUCAUAUUAGUCAUGCGCGGUUUCGAACGUUGCAUCGCUGACAGUGAAGUGCUAGUCAUCGAUGGAACGUUCCUGACUGUCCCAGCUGGAUUGUCAAUUUGCCAAAUUUUAACAGUACACAGUAUAAUUGCUGGACACAAUUUUCAUCCUGUUGUAGUCCUGAUGCAGAACCGCCGCCGUCCUCUGUAUGAGGCAGUUUUCCGUAGAAUUUGGCAAGCGGCUGGCAAUCCAAGACCACAACAAAUUAUAACAGAUUAUGAGCAGGCCUUACGGUCUGCUCUUGCUUCCGUUACAGGAAUUGCAACCCAAGGCUGCAUGUUUCAUUACGUGCAAGCUUUGGUGAGGCAGGCACGGCAGCUCGGGUUGCAGGCGCAGCAGCGCCAGAGCGCGGCGCACCGGCUUGUGUCGCUGUACAGCGCGCUGGCGCUCCUGCCGGCGCCGCAGGUGGCGGCCGGCCUAGCAGAGUUGUCGCACAUCGCACAGCAGGAAAGGCUUCCUUACAAUGAAGACUUUCAUAAUUACUUUGUUGCGCAGUGGAUGGCACGCGUGGGCCCAGAAGGGUUCAGCGUUCAUGGUACUGCUCAUCGCACAUCAAACGUCGCAGAAAGUUUCCAUGCUUCUCUGCGACGGGCUCUCGGAGCCUCUCCGAAUGUUUGGAGGUUUACAGAUGUGCUGACACAGAAGUUCGCCGUAAGCGCGUCUCGCCUGGAGGCGUACCGCCGCGGGGAGCCUCUGGCGCGCCGCAACCGGGAGCGCCUUUAUAUCAGGACAACUGUUUUGAGAAAUAACACGAGGGCACUCGAGCAAGGAGUUAUCUCCAUUCGAGAGUUCCUCGUGCAAACGAGCAGAUUGUUGGACGUAGGCGUUGAGGCUGUUGUAGAUAACGUCCCAGAAUUCGCUCAAGAAGUUGUCAUUGCAGACAACAUUGAGCAGGUAGCACCGGAGGUGGUCCAGGCUCCUAUUCUGGAACCCGCCGAUGUCCUGCCCGCGUCUCCCCCCCGCGUCUCCCCCCCGCCACGAUAAUGAUCGCGAACCUCAACCCCUUCGUAGCAACAUCUGUGCGACUAACCCACUCGAAGUGGUGUUGAUCCCAUGCGGUCACACGCAAUGCCAACCUUGUCUGGACCGUUUGUUUGAAUUAAAUUAUGAUGUAAUUUGCCCAGUCUGUCGCUCUGAUGUUCAAUCUUCGAAUCGAAUUUUUUUGUAGUUUUUAUACAAUUUUUUGGUCGUCAACCACCGCGUUAAUUGACAAGUUUGGCUGUAGCUUUUGUGCAUGCUGUAGUUUUUUUAUUUUACUAAUAGAUAUUCUAGUAUCUACAUUAAUUUGAUUUUCAUUUUCUAUUGCAGGUGGCGGUAAUGCUAGCGAAGAUUUUGCUUUUUCUCACUUUCAUAGCCUUGAGCUGGCGGGUACGGGGGGACCCGCCAGCUCCCACUAAGGGCCGGGAUGAAGGUGCACUAUAGUUCCGGUGUGCCUUUCCUAAGGUAGUUGAUCCAGAUUCAUAGUGGUGAUACAUCAGGGUAUCUCCACUACCAUGCGUAGGAGGAACUAGAGGUGGUUUAGUGGGUAUGCUUCCCUUCCGGAAGAGACUCCCACAUAACUAAGUGUUUCCCCCGAGGCACUAAGUAUGUUUAAAACAUUAACCUCUUAAAAA